AUGGAGGAAAUUGAGCAGGCCACAAAAACUUCACUCCCAUCGCUAAGGCUAAAUUACGACGUGUUCUUGAGUUUCAGAGGCGAAGAUACUCGCGAAAACAUCACUAAAAACUUAUACGAUGCCUUAUACUCAAAAGGCGUCCGAGUUUUUCGUGACACAAACGGGUUAACUCAGGGCGACGAGAUCGCUCCAGGUCUUAUGGACGCAAUCAACGAUUCAGCUGCAGCUAUUGCUAUUAUUUCACCCAAUUAUGCUUCGUCGAGAUGGUGUCUCGAGGAAUUAGCUACGAUUUGUGAGUUGAGUAAACUCGUUCUGCCCGUUUUCUACCGGGUUGACCCGUCGGAUGUGAGAAGGCAGAGAGGACCAUUUCUACGUGAUUUUGCGAGUUUAGAAGGAAGGUUUGGAGUGGAAAAGGUGGUGAGAUGGAGAAACGCUAUGGAAAGAGUUGGUGGAAUCUCCGGCUGGGUUUAUUAUAAUCGUGAAGAGUCACAGUUGAUACAGAAUUUGGUGAAAAGAGUUUUACAAGAAUUGAGCAAUUCCCCAAUAUUUGUAGCUCCAUUUGUUGUUGGAAUUGACUACCGCCUGGAAGAACUCAUAAGACAGUUAGAUGUGAAGCACAAUGGUGUCAAGAUUAUUGGGUUGCAUGGAAUCGGAGGGGUUGGUAAAACAACUCUUUCUAAGGCUGUUUAUAAUAAACUUGCUUCUCAUUUCACACACAGGACUUUUAUCUUGAAUGUUAAGGAAAUAGCUGCUCAACAAGGCAUUGUGUCCCUUCAGAAGAAAAUAAUACAAGGUCUUUUCCCGAGCAAGGUCUUCUCCUUCUCCCCCAGUAAUGCACAUGAAGGAAGAGUAAAAUUCGGACGAUUUCUUCAAGAAAAGCGCGUCCUGCUUGUCUUAGAUGAUGUAGAUUAUGUAAAUGAUGAUGUUAACAUACUGAAGGCACUAAUUGGAGGGAAAAACUGGUUCUUUGAAGGGAGCAGGGUUGUUAUUAGUACUAGAAACAGAGGAAUUUUGCUAAAUGACAUCGUUAACGAGACAAUUGAGGUGAGAGAAUUGGGUGAUACUGACUCACUAAAACUACUCAGUUAUCAUGCAUUUAGAAGACAUGAGCCAUUUCCAGCUUUUGUGAAUAUUUCCAAGCAAAUUGUCUCAAUUACUGGAGGGCUACCGUUGGCUCUUGAAGUUUUUGGGUCUUUCUUGUUUGAUAAAAGAAGCGAGGAGGAAUGGAUAGAUGCUCUAGAAAAGCUAAAACAAAUUCGCUCACCGCGUCUUCAGGACAUCUUGAAAAUAAGUUAUGAUGGUCUUGAUGACGAAGAGAAGUGUAUAUUCCUGGAUGUUGCAUGUUUAUUUCUUGAUCAAUUAGAAAAGAAAGCUGAAGAUAUAAUUGAUGUGAUGAAAGGAUGUGGUUUCAGAGCCAGGGUUGCAUUUGACACUUUAACUGCUAGAUCAUUGAUUAAGGUAAUUGAUGGUGGGGAUUUGUGGAUGCAUGACCAGAUAAGAGAUAUGGGAAGACAAAUUGUUAUACAACAAGGCAUUUCAGAUCCCGGAAAUCGCAGCAGACUUUGGGAUGUUGCUGAUGUUUUGAGUGUGUUACAAGGAAGGAAGGGGACACAGAACAUCCAAGGGAUCAUCCUGGAUCUGUAUCAGAAUUCAUCAUCAAAGAUUAAAAGCGCAAAAGCAAUUACUAGAGAGCAUUUUCAACAAGUUCCCACUUUUACUUCUGCAUUAGCUUACAUUAAAGAGUUGUGCAAAGAACAAUUUCAAAAUGAUGCAAAAGAAACUAAUGAGUUGGUAUUGAACAGUGAAGUAUUUGAUCCAAUAGUUAAUCUGCGACUACUCCAAUUCGAUAAUGUGAAACUAGAGGGAAAUUUGGGGAAGUUACCUUCUUCACUAAAAUGGCUCCACUGGAAAAGAUGCACUCUUUCAAGUUUUUAUUCUAAUGAUUAUCCAAGUGAACUUACCAUACUUGAUCUCUCAGAGAGCCAAAUAGAGAGGGUUGGAAGCCGGGAAUGGACGUGGAAUUGCAAAAAGGUGGCGAACAAGUUGAUAGUUAUGAAUCUCUCUGAUUGUCAUAAAAUAACAGUUAUUCCUGAUUUAUCCACGCAUAAAGCAUUGGAGAAGUUGAUAGCUGAGCGUUGCAGUGCAUUGCAAAGGAUUCACAGAACAAUUGGGAAUCUGAAUACAUUACGUCAUUUAAAUCUAAGAGAUUGCCGCAACCUUGUUGAAUUUCCAGGUGAGGUCUCCGGGCUGAAGAAUCUUGAAAAGCUGAUACUCUCGGGUUGCUCGAGAUUGAAACAGCUACCUGAAGAUAUAGGUAAGAUGAAGUCUUUACAAGAACUUCUAUUAGAUGGAACUGCUAUUGAGAAGUUGCCUGAAAGUAUCUUCCGCUUAACAAAACUUGAGAAGUUAAGCUUAAUCCAGUGCCACUCAUUGAAACAACUUCCCCGGUUCAUAGGAAAGCUAAGUGCUUUGAAGGAACUCUCUCUUAAUGGUUCUGCUGUGGAAGAAAUACCUGAUUCUAUUGAACAUUUGCAGAACCUUCAUACAUUAAACUUAAUUAGGUGUGAGUCACUUUCUGCUAUUCCCAGUUGUGUUGGCAACCUCAAAUCUUUAGUAAAUCUCUGGCUUUAUGGCAGUGCAAUAAAAAUGAUGCCAGAAUCUAUUGGGUCUCUGUAUUAUCUUAGGUCCUUAUCGCUCGGAAAUAGUCAGCAUUUGAAUGCAUUGCCUGUUUCAAUUAAAGGAUUGUCUUCUUUGGUUGAGCUUCAAAUAGAAAAGGUUCCAAUUAUUAGUCUUCCAGAUCAUGUUUUUGGUGGACUUAAAUCACUGAAGAAUCUUGAGAUAAGGAACU